AUGAAGCUCUUCAACGUUGCAUCUUACAGCAUUGUAGAUCCACAUCAUGAUUCGGAAAGUCUCAUCACAAAAGCAGUCAUCAAUAUCGAAGUUAUGGCGAAGCCAGUUAAUAUGAAAGCUCUCUAUCUUAUUAUCCCCGCGAUGAGACAGGAACCUGUCCAAAAGGACUCAUCAACUCCAACCGCUUACUACAGGUGGAUAUGUUCAUAUCCGAAAGUUCCUUAA